AUGCAUGUUUGGUCCUUUGAAAUAGGUCUUUUGGAGCAUUCUGGAGCAUAUGGGACAAAGGAGCAUGGAGGGACUUGGCACAUGGAAGCAGCUCAACUGGAUACGCAAAGGAAGAAGGGAGAAGCCAUCUUGAAGACCAGCUCGACCGUCCACUCGACCAACCGGUCGAGUUCCUCAACUCGACCGGCCAAGCUUCAACUCGAUCGAGCUGGAGUCAAAGUCAAACCCGAAAAAUGUUGCUUCCCCCUUGACCUUUGA